CAUGCGCGGCGCGCGGCCGGCGUUGGCCGCGAGCGAGCGGGCGGGAGGACGGGCGGCUCCGGACUUCACAGGCGGCGGCGAGCGAGGCGGUCUCGCCCGGCGCGAGGCCGGUGCUGUGCGCGCCCCGGAGAUCGCUUCUCCUCGGCUGGGCGCCGGCGGCGGCCGUACGGCUCGCGGAGGAUCCGGAGGGCGCGGUUCUGGCUGGCGGCUCUCUCCCGGCCGCCUCCCACCUCGCCCGGGCUCUCGGCGCCUCCGGGGAAAGCCGCGGCCCCGAGGGCGGGUCCGAGAACAUAGGUGUGAAAGCCACAAUGAAUGGUCAUAUUUCUAAUCAUCCCAGUGGUUUCGGAAUGUACCCAUCUCAAAUGAAUGGCUACGGAUCAUCACCCACCUUUUCUCAGAUGGACAGAGAACACAGUUCAAAAACAAGUGCAAAGGCCCUUUAUGAGCAAAGGAAGAAUUAUGCACGUGACAGCAUCAGCAGUGUGUCAGAUAUAUCCCAGUACCAUGUUGAACACUUGACUACCUUUGUUCUGGAUCGGAAAGAUGCUAUGAUAACUGUUGAUGAUGGAAUAAGGAAGCUGAAAUUGCUUGAUGCCAAGGGCAAAGUGUGGACUCAAGAUAUGAUUCUUCAGGUGGAUGACAGAGCUGUGAGCCUGAUUGAUUUAGAAUCAAAGAAUGAACUGGAGAAUUUUCCUUUAAACACAAUCCAGCACUGCCAAGCUGUGAUGCAUUCAUGCAGCUAUGAUUCAAUUCUUGCCCUAGUGUGCAAAGAGCCAACCCAGAACAAGCCAGAUCUUCAUCUGUUCCAGUGUGAUGAGAUUAAGGCAAACCUAAUUAGCGAAGAUAUUGAAAGUGCAAUCAGUGACAGUAAAGGAGGGAAACAGAAGAGGCGACCUGAUGCCCUGAGAAUGAUUUCCAAAGCAGACCCUGGUAUACCACCUCCACCAAGGGCUCCUGCCCCUGCACCCCCUGGGACUGUUACCCAGGUGGAUGUUAGAAGUCGAGUGGCAGCCUGGUCUGCGUGGGCAGCUGACCAAGGGGACUUUGAGAAACCAAGGCAGUAUCAUGAGCAGGAAGAAACACCCGAGAUGAUGGCAGCCCGAAUUGACAGAGAUGUGCAAAUCUUAAACCACAUUUUGGAUGACAUUGAAUUUUUUAUCACAAAACUACAAAAAGCAGCUGAAGCAUUUUCUGAGCUUUCUAAAAGGAAGAAAACUAAGAAAGGUAAAAGGAAAGGACCAGGAGAGGGUGUUUUAACUCUACGUGCAAAACCCCCUCCUCCUGAUGAAUUUGUUGACUGUCUCCAAAAGUUUAAACAUGGAUUCAACCUUCUGGCCAAAUUGAAGUCUCAUAUUCAGAACCCCAGUGCUGCAGAUUUGGUUCACUUUUUAUUUACUCCAUUAAAUAUGGUGGUGCAGGCAACAGGAGGGCCUGAUCUAGCCAGUUCAGUACUCAGUCCCCUAUUGACUAAGGACACAAUUGAUUUCUUAAAUUAUACUGUGAAUAUGGAUGAACGGCAGCUAUGGAUUUCAUUGGGAGAAACUUGGAUGAAAGCCAGAGCAGAGUGGCCAAAAGAACAAUUUAUUGCACCAUACGUUCCACGGUUCCGCAACGGUUGGGAGCCUCCAAUGCUGAACUUCAUGGGAGCACCAAUGGAGCAAGAUCUUUACCAGUUGGCCGAGUCUGUGGCAAAUGUAGCAGAACAUCAGCGCAAACAAGAAAUAAGAAGAUUAUCCACAGAGCAUUCCAGCGUAUCCGAGUAUCCUCCAGCUGAUGGAUAUGCAUUCAAUAACAACAUGUACCCUAGAGGGCCUCAUCUGGACCAAGGGGAAGCAGCUGUUGCUUUUAAGCCAACUCCUAAUCGCCAUGUAGAUAGAAAUUAUGACCCACUCAAAACACAACCCAAGAAAUAUGCCAAAUCCAAGUAUGAUUUUGUGGCAAGGAACAACAGUGAGCUCUCAGUUCUAAAGGAUGAUAUUUUAGAGAUACUUGAUGAUAGGAAGCAGUGGUGGAAAGUUCGAAAUGCAAGUGGAGACUCUGGAUUUGUGCCAAAUAACAUUUUGGAUAUUGGGAGACCUCCAGAAUCUGGAUUGGGGCGUGCUGAUCCACCCUAUACACAUACUAUACAGAAACAAAGGAUGGAGUAUGGUCCAAGACCAGCUGAUACCCCCUCUGCUCCAUCACCUCCUCCAACACCAGCUCCUGUUCCCGUCCCCCUUCCACCUUCUGCUCCAGCACCUGUUCCUGUGUCAAAGGUCCCAGCAAAUGUAACCCGUCAGAACAGCAGCUCCAGUGACAGUGGUGGCAGUGUUGUGCGAGAUAGCCAGAGACACAAACAACUUCCAGUGGACCGAAGGAAAUCUCAGAUGGAGGAAGUGCAGGAUGAACUCAUGCACAGACUGACCAUUGGUCGCAGUGCCGCUCAGAAGAAAUUCCAUGUGCCACGGCAGAAUGUGCCAGUUAUCAACAUCACUUACGACUCCACACCAGAGGAUGUGAAGACAUGGUUACAGUCAAAGGGAUUCAACCCUGUGACUGUCAAUAGUCUUGGAGUAUUAAACGGUGCACAACUUUUCUCUCUUAAUAAAGAUGAACUGAGGACAGUUUGUCCUGAAGGGGCCAGAGUCUUUAGCCAAAUCACUGUACAAAAAGCUGCGUUGGAGGAUAGCAAUGGCAGCUCCGAAUUGCAAGAAAUCAUGCGAAGACGACAGGAAAAAAUCAGUGCUGCUGCUAGUGAUUCAGGAGUGGAAUCUUUUGAUGAAGGAAGCAGUCAUUAAUUUGUUUGUUUGUUUUUAAACUCCAUUAUUCUUGGCAUUAUUCCAACAUGCUUUGUUUUAAGAAGCCUUGAAGGGAAUGUCAGAUUCAUUUUUCUUGGGAUAAUUUAUCACCAUAAAAAACCAACACAAACCUGAGUAAGCAGAGGACUCAUUCCUGGAAGCAUGAUUUUUAUUAAAACUGAAAAUUUUUAAACUGAACUUUUUGACCUUGAGAAAUAUUUUUCUUGCUUUACCAAGGUGAGGUGUCCUUUAUUAGAUUAAUUAUUUCAUCCCCAUCUCAGUGUAUACAGAGGAAUUUUUUGACAGUGGUGGAUUUAUUCACUGCAACAAAGCAAAGAUAUUAUCCGUGAUUCAAAAUCUAAACAGUUUCAGUUUUGCCUGUGAAUAUUGUAUCUGUCAUUCAGAGUGUAGCUCACUUUAGGCUAGCCUCUGCUUAUUUAAGUUUCUUCUCUGACAUAUUCAAUGAUAUAACAUUUAGAUUUAUUUAAAGUUCUUAAUGCCAAUAGUUAAAAAUUGAAACAUUUGAAUGAACUAUAAAGCAUAGCCAGGCCUUGUACGUGCAGAUACCAACCUAUGGAGCAUUCCCAAGACAUUUUAUUUGUAUGGCUCUGUUGAUCGCAAUUCCUUGUAUAGCUUGCAUUUUGAUUUAGUUUAUAUUCUGCUUAUGAUGUAUGCCGUGUUCUUGUAUAUGGGAAAGCACAAGUGGGAAAGAGGUCAUGUAUGCUCAAAAUCUAUCAGAGGAAGUAGCCUGCAUUGGUGUGCAUUACAGUAUUUUGCUUAAUGAAGGCCUCAGUUCUGCAUAUUGAUAUAAGUAGUUAAAAGGAAAUUGGGGCCAUUUUAUGUGUUUAUCUGUGUCAAGUCUUUCCGGUAAUAAGAAAUGCUUAAUUUACACAUAUUUUAAUCCCGUGAAAGAUUCUAGAUAGAGAAAAGAAAGAUACCUAACCUUCAACAAAUGUUAUUUUUGGAAACACAAUUUUUGUCAUUAAAUGUUAUAUUAUUUCACAUAUAUAAAACAGAUGUUAUGUAAGAAUGUUGUAUAUUUUAACAUAAAUCCAUUUAGAGAGAUUAUCUAGAUUCAUUACUUUUCAUAGUGCCUUUUUCACAUGCGUCAGCUGGAAAGUCCGCAAUAAACAGUAUUUGCUGUAUGUUAA